AGGUGUUUAGGAAGCCAGGAUUAGGGUUUUGUUCCCAGAGUAGUCAUGGGUGGCUUGYGCUUUUUCCUCUGAUUACUUUAAGCGUUGUGAUUCUCUUUUAGUAGCUAUUAGUAGUCUUUUAAAAAGCUUUAUUUCUUUAAGAAAAGCUCUGAAUUUUAGGUCUAUCAAGCCAUGAGAAGGGGCAGCAAAGUCUGGAUUGUGUCUUCUAGCCUUUUGGGAUCUAAAUAAAGAUACCGCCUUGGCAGUUUUUAUUCCAGAACUUGUGAGACUCUGCUCCAGAGCAGCUGCUAUGUCCCCCGUGUAGCCGCAGCUCGUGUACCAUGUACCAGCCUGGGUUUGUGCCACGGGAGUGUUACCCAGCUGUGAUCCCACCUUCCACCUGCCUGCCGCUGCGAGCCGGGAGAGUGGACACCAUGGCCAGCCCCGUGGUGUUCCCCCCCAUCCACAUGCACAACCUCUACAGCCGCCCCAUCACCUUUGUGGUGGACAGGAACAGCUACCCGGACUAUGUGGGCAAUCAGGUGGAGUAUCAUCACGUCUACAGUGCCUCCAAUCCCUACUUGCAUCCGUACUACACCUGGCACUUCCCUCCUGUGGUCCCCAUUCCUCUGUACAAUCCCUACGCACCCUAUAAUCCCUACACCUCCUACCAGAGGCCGGAUCAGUAUCGGGACACUUGGCCAGAAGGCUUCACAAUGAGAGGGGAGCUUCAAUGGGGGAAGCUUGGCAAGGUGUUUGGACCGAGGAAAGAACUCCCAGGGUUUGUGAAGGAUGAUCUCCGGAGGGUUUAUGGCACCUACCCACGGACCAGCGUCUCCAUAACUUACAGGAACGGGGAGUUCUUGGUCAAAGGAGACCCCAAGGUAGGAGAGCAGGAAUACACAGUGGAAAAGAAAGUCAUCCAGCGGGCUCUGACCCCCAGUGCCAGCGAGGCAGAUGACAGCAGUGAGGACCGGAAUCGGAAGAAGAAAAAGAAAUUGAGACGUUGAUGUCACCUCCUGGGCGGAUGCUCCACGGCCCUCGUGGGAGCCGGUCGGCAGCUGCUCUUGGUGCAGCUGGGAAGUAGCACAAGCCGAGGGUGCCACCACAGCUGGUGGCUUUUUAACUGCUCCCCGUCCUCCACAAGCUUAUGGCAGCUUUACCGGGUGUAAUGUGGGGUGCACAAUGUCCAUCCUGUGAAGGAAGUGUGUGGCUGUUGGCUCUGUCRGGGAUCAGCCCUUGGGUUCUGGCUUGAGAGGAAUGUUUGUUUUCCAUGGUGUCUAUGGAGUGAUCACAGUCUGGUGGCAGGGGUUUCCAGGCAGGUGCCCUGGAUAGAAGAUGGGCCUCUUCACUGCCCAAGGGAAGGUCCUGGCAGCUGGAUUCCUUCCUGGCAGUGCCAUCAGGAGACCCAAACUGAAUUUCCUCCGAGUUGGAAGCAGUGCAGGUCCUGAGGGGAAAGUUCUUAAACACUGUAAAGAAGGUAGAUAGUCACCCUAUCACUGCUGUUUUAUGACUGUACUGUUGUACUUAAUCACCACGUGAGGCCUGUACACAACAUUUCCCUACACGCUGACAGAAGAUCUUGGUGUCCCUGUCCCUUCACACUYAGUAAUCUGGUGCUUGGUGCUCCUGGCACUGUGUCCUUAUUCAAUCCAGUGCUCAAGGCCCUACUUUAGGCCUGACCUGGCUCUGGCUGGAGGUGCUGGUUCCCCUGCCAAGUUASUGGAGCUGUCAGAAC